AUGCUUAGUCUACGACGUCCUUUUGAUAGAGAUCAACCAAUUGAUAAUCUUCGAAUUGUAAUAACACGACAUGGUGGACGUGCUGAUUUAGCAUUAGGAAACCAUUGGUUAAGAAGAAUACAAAGAAAUGGUGGUCAUGAUUCACGAAUAUCACGUUUACCACGUCGAUCAAGUUUUCGUGAAUGGAAUUAUGAUCCACCAUUAACUAUUGCUGGAGAAAAACAAAGUGGAUCUGUUGGUCGAAAAUUACUUCAACUUGGUUAUUCAAUUGAUUAUUGCUAUUCGUCACCUGCAUAUCGAUCAAUACAAACAGCAAAUAAAAUCCUUGAAAGUCAAGGACGAAGAGCUGUAUCAAUCAAUAUCGAACCUGGUCUAUUUGAAUGUCCAUCUUGGUAUUCUGGUUCACCAUUGGUAUUUAUACCUCCUACAUAUUUAGCUAGGGAUAGAAAAUUUCAUAUAGAUUCCAAUUAUGUACCAAUCUAUGGUAGUGUUGAUCCAAGUGAAAAUGAGAAACAAUUCUAUCGACGAUCUCAUAAUGUUAUUGAUACAAUAGUUCAAGCUCAUAAGAAUCAAGGUGGAACAAUUUUAUUAUCAGCACAUGCUGGUUCAAUUGAAGCAAUAACACGUGGUUUACGUGGUAUAUUUGGUCGACGUGCACAGACUGAAAAUCUUGUGUAUGAAGCUUCAAGAGUUAAUUAUUGUAAUUUUGCUAUAGUUGAACGUGAUGCACGUACAGGUCGAUGGACUUUUCAAUUACCUGAAUCAUAUAGUGGAGCAGGAUUACCAAUGCGCAAUAUCAUUCCACUUCAUAGUAUUAGUACAUACCAUAGAGGUUCACAUAGAAAAGGACGAUCACCACAAAGAAGAAGAUUAUCGAGAGUAGCACAUCAUCGACAUCACUAUCAUUAA